UUUUACUCCCGAUUCUCUUUCGGCUGGUGGACGGAUUUUUAUUUCUUCUUCUGUUGUGUUUUUAAGGAAAAUGUGAAUCUUCUGUGAUGGAGCUGCAUUGUGGUUAAAUGCAUUGCAGAUAGUGUUUUAGCACCUGAGGACUGGGUCUCCAAGCAAAGCCUGUGAAAAGUCUUUAUUUCCAGCAUGGAGCGCCGAGAGAGUGCAGGGGCGCUGCACCUGUCCGAGCUCAGGAUGGUGCUGGUGGGGGGCCAACGGGUUGGCAAGAGUUCCUCAGGAAACACCAUCUUGGGUAUGACUGCCUUCGACGCCGAGCGAGGCUUUGAGAGAUGCGUCCGAAAGCAGGCCGAGGUGGCUGGCCGGUCAGUGGUGGUGACCGACACCCCAGGCUGGGACAAACUGCGUGCCGAGGACACUCCUACCCGGAUCAGGACUGAAAUCCUGAAUAGCAUUUCGGUCUGUGCUCCUGGACCACACGCUUUCCUCCUGGUCAUCCCUGUGGGGGACUUCUCAGAGCAGCAGAGGCAAGGGGCUGAGAACAUGUUGACCACCAUUGGUGCUGCAGUGUGGAGACAUACAAUAGUGCUGCUCACGUGGGGCGCAGAACUUGGAUCGAGGGCCGUUGAAGAGUUCCUGGAGAUCCAGCCACACCUGAAAGCGCUGGUGGAAAAGUGUGGAGGCCACGUCUAUGUGCUGGACAACAAGUCAUGGACAGACAAACCUCAGACUGAUGAACUUUUCCGACGAGUGGAGGAGUUAGUUGAGGAAAACUGUGGCGUCCACUUCUCCACGGACACCAAUUACAUGUAUUCCAAACUCGAGGCCAGUAAGAAAGAGCUGGAGGAGCUGCGGGAGCAACAUGAGAGAGACGUCAUGAAGAUGAAAACAGAUCUCAUCUUCGAGGUUAAGGAGAAAGAAAAAGUUCUUGAGAACUUGAAACAUGACCAUGAAGUCCAGCUCAUGGAGAAAGACAGAGAUGCAGAGGAGCUGAGAACUUUACUCGAGGAGAAGAUUAUGGCAAAAGAGGGCAAAAUACAAGAGUUGAAAUCACUUUAUGAGGGCCAGCUGAAGGAAAAGGACCACCUUCUUGAAGAUCUGCGAUUGCAGAACAAAGAGAAGAUGAUGGAGAAAGCGAGUGAGGUAGAGGGAUUAAAGGCCCAGAUUAGGGCCUCAAUGAUGGAAAUGCAAGCGGAGGUGGAAGAACUAGAGCAGCAAUGCAGGAAAAUGACCGAAGAACAGGCAGUAAAGGACAGCCAGAUAGAGCAGCUGGAGAAGAACCUGAAGGAACAUGCGAAGAUGUUGGAGGACAGGGAGAAAGAUCUAGCAGAGAUGAAGCUGCAGAACAAUGAACAGGCCAAAGCCAAGAUGCAGGAGCUGGCAGAACUGGAAAAAGAUGUCGAGAAAAUGAAAGCACAGUUUGUAGAAAUGAAGAACGAGAUCCAGGAGGUGAAAGUCCAGCGUGAGGAGAAAGAGAGAGACCUCCACCAAGCGAAGGCCUCCUGUGAGGAGCUGAGAGAUGAAGUAGAGCAGUUAGAGCAGCUCUGCCGCGAACGUCAGGAUAAGAUUAAUUCACUAAAACUCACUCAGAGGCAGAAGGAUGAAGAAAUAAGUGGCUUAAAAGUUGCAGGCAGCUCACUGCUGGACAAGAACAAGCAAGCAGAAGAACGUCUCAAAGAAACCCAACAGCUGCUGAGAGAAUCGGAGAACAAGCUGGACGAGUUGAAGCAGAACUACAGCCGCUCGCUCAGACGAUUCAGACUGAACCUGGAGGACAUGACGAGGGGGCUGAAGGAGACGGAGCUGGAGAUGGAGACGGAUGAAUCCAAGCUUUCACUGGGGAAAAGGAGGAGCAGCAAGGAAUUCUUACAUCCAAUCAUGGGCUCGGGGGCUGCAGGCUCCAGCAGAGGGAGCUCGAGAGUCACUCAGAGCGGCUCAGCUGUAGGAUCGUCCAGACACAGGAGUGACCAUAUAACACACAUAAAGCCCUGACCCAAGACUAAAGAGGGUCUCAGAGAGCGGUUUAAAAUAGACACAUCAGCCUGAUAUGAUACAGAUAAUGAUCAAAGACAUGAUGUAUGAAAACAUGGGUGUAUAUAUGUGUGUGUGUGUGUGUGUGUGUGUGUGUGUGUGUGUGUGUGUAUGUGUGUGUGUGUGUGUGUGUGUGUGUGUGUGUGUGUGUGUGUGUAUUCUGUGUUUGCAUAUAUAUAUACGUAUUGGUAUGUAGGUAUAGGCUAAUGAUUUGCAGUAUCAUGUUUAUUCAAGCUUUAUUUAUGGCAUUUAUCAUGCAACAGUAUGAAAUAUGAAGUCCUGUUCUAAAGUCUGUUACAGCAUUAGAACCUUCGCUUUAAUAAACGGUUUCAUCCUGAAUGGAGCUGCUGCACCAUUUAACUUAAACAAGACGGUUCUUCAAGGGUACCAUUGC